GAGAGGGGGCAGAGGAGCAGGCAGAAAGGGAGAGCGAGCACGCGAGACGGAAGGAGCGCCUGAGACUAAAGCACGAAGGAGAUCACCGUUUAGGAAUUUGUUGGGUCACUGUCACCCAGGAAAGCAGCCAGAAAUUCAGCAUCACCCCAACUCUGACGUUUUCUCCAAGAAGUUAGAGACUUGAACAGUAUUGACAUCAGAUGGGAAUGGUUGCUUGAUGCUGUGGAAAUACUCCUGAACUGAAGAAGUACAACUGGAUGUUGUGUACGCGUGUUAAAUACCAGAAGAGCCCAGACCCAGUGGGUAACACUGACGAAAUGUGGAGAGAAUGACUAACGACAAAUCUGUGAAUUUGUUCUGGGGAGUUGCUCAUUUGCCAGCCCGAAGCCACACAUUUUAGAAGGAGGAAACGUUUUGCUGCUUCUGAUUUCUCCCCAAAGUGGUGCUACCAGAUGCAUGGCUUUCUGUGUUGGAACAGAUCAUUCCUAACUGCCGCAUACGCGGAAAGGGGAAAGGUUGAGGCAACUAACUGGCUGUCUCCAAAUAAGCGAUGAGAUGUAAUGCAUCCUCCAGCCCAGGCACACUUCCUCUUACAAUCUGUGCAUCAUUCCUCAGUGGAAACCUUUAAACCCUAAAAUCCAGGAAAAGAAAAUAAAUACAUUAUCAUGGACCUAAGGGAUUUUUACCUGUUGGCUGCUUUGACUGCCUGUUUAAGGCUGGAUUCCGCAAUAGCCCAAGAACUUAUUUACACUAUUAGAGAGGAAUUGCCUGAAAAUGUGCCCAUAGGAAACAUACCAAAGGAUCUGAACAUUUCUCACAUCAAUGCUGCCACAGGGACUAGUACCAGCCUUGUCUACAGACUGGUUUCUAAAGCUGGGGAUGCACCUUUGGUGAAAGUAUCCAGCAACACUGGAGAAAUUUUCACAACUUCCAAUAGAAUAGACAGAGAGAAACUCUGUGCUGGAGCUUCUUAUGCUGAGGAGAAUGAGUGUUUCUUUGAACUUGAGGUGGUGAUCCUCCCCAAUGACUUUUUCAGGCUGAUCAAAAUAAAGAUAAUUGUCAAGGAUACCAAUGAUAAUGCCCCCAUGUUUCCAUCUCCUGUCAUCAAUAUUUCCAUUCCAGAAAACACUUUGAUCAACAGCCGCUUUCCAAUUCCAUCAGCAACAGAUCCUGACACAGGCUUCAAUGGUGUACAGCAUUAUGAAUUGCUAAAUGGGCAGAGUGUUUUUGGACUGGAUAUCGUGGAGACUCCAGAGGGAGAGAAGUGGCCACAGUUGAUUGUUCAGCAAAACUUGGAUAGAGAACAGAAAGAUACCUAUGUGAUGAAAAUCAAAGUGGAGGAUGGAGGUACUCCACAGAAAUCCAGCACGGCCAUACUGCAGGUCACAGUAAGUGAUGUAAAUGACAACAGGCCUGUGUUUAAAGAGGGCCAGGUGGAGGUGCAUAUUCCAGAGAAUGCUCCUGUGGGGACCUCUGUCAUCCAGCUUCAUGCCACUGAUGCAGACAUAGGCAGUAAUGCUGAAAUUCGGUACAUUUUUGGUGCCCAGGUUGCCCCUGCAACCAAAAGACUCUUUGCUUUAAAUAAUACUACUGGGCUGAUUACAGUUCAGAGGUCCUUAGAUAGAGAAGAGACAGCCAUUCACAAAGUGACAGUGUUGGCCAGUGAUGGCAGCUCCACUCCUGCUCGAGCAACUGUUACCAUCAAUGUCACCGAUGUAAAUGAUAACCCUCCAAACAUAGACCUCAGGUACAUUAUAAGUCCCAUCAAUGGCACAGUGUAUUUGUCUGAGAAAGACCCUGUCAAUACGAAGAUUGCCCUAAUUACAGUUUCAGAUAAGGACACAGAUGUGAAUGGCAAAGUGAUCUGCUUUAUUGAAAGAGAAGUUCCAUUUCAUUUGAAAGCAGUCUAUGACAACCAGUAUUUGUUAGAGACCUCUUCUUUGUUGGACUAUGAGGGCACCAAAGAAUUCAGCUUUAAAAUUGUUGCCUCUGAUUCUGGGAAGCCCAGUUUAAAUCAAACUGCCCUGGUAAGGGUUAAACUUGAGGAUGAAAAUGACAACCCACCAAUUUUCAACCAGCCUGUAAUUGAGCUGUCAGUUUCUGAAAACAACCGACGUGGGUUAUACUUAACAACUAUUAGUGCCACAGAUGAAGACAGUGGGAAAAAUGCAGACAUUGUUUAUCAGCUUGGACCCAAUGCCUCCUUCUUUGAUCUGGACCGAAAGACAGGAGUUUUGACAGCCUCCAGAGUGUUUGACAGAGAAGAACAAGAAAGAUUCAUUUUUACAGUAACUGCCAGGGACAAUGGGACCCCUCCCCUCCAAAGCCAAGCGGCUGUGAUAGUUACUGUUCUGGAUGAGAAUGACAACAGCCCCAAGUUUACUCAUAACCAUUUUCAAUUUUUUGUGUCUGAGAACCUGCCAAAGUAUAGUACUGUGGGGGUAAUCACAGUGACAGAUGCAGAUGCUGGAGAAAAUAAAGCUGUGACUCUUUCCAUCCUAAAUGACAAUGAUAAUUUUGUGUUGGAUCCCUAUUCUGGAGUCAUAAAGUCAAAUGUCUCAUUUGAUAGAGAGCAGCAGAGUUCCUACACUUUUGAUGUCAAAGCCACUGAUGGAGGACAACCACCCCGCUCCUCUACUGCAAAAGUGACUAUCAAUGUCAUGGAUGUCAAUGACAACAGCCCAGUUGUCAUUUCUCCACCAUCUAAUACAUCCUUUAAGUUGGUGCCCCUCUCAGCCAUUCCCGGGUCUGUGGUAGCAGAAGUGUUUGCGGUGGAUAUUGACACUGGAAUGAAUGCAGAACUGAAAUAUACCAUAGUGAGUGGGAACAACAAAGGCUUAUUUCGCAUUGAUCCAGUAACAGGUAACAUCACGCUGGAGGAAAAACCAGCACUUACUGAUGUGGGUUUGCACCGUUUGGUGGUCAACAUAAGUGACCUGGGGUACCCCAAGGCUUUGCACACACUUGUGCUUGUGUUUCUCUAUGUGAAUGACACUGCUGGAAAUACCUCCUUUAUCUAUGACUUGAUCCGCAGGACUAUGGAGACACCACUGGAUAGGAACAUAGGGGACAGCAGUCAGCCCUAUCAAAACGAGGACUAUCUCACCAUCAUGAUUGCCAUUGUUGCUGGGGCCAUGGUAGUCAUAGUUGUGAUCUUCGUCACUGUUCUGGUGCGCUGUCGACAUGCAUCAAGGUUCAAAGCCGCUCAAAGGAGCAAACAAGGUGCCGAAUGGAUGUCUCCAAACCAGGAGAACAAACAAAACAAGAAGAAGAAAAGGAAGAAAAGAAAGUCUCCCAAGAGCUCUCUUUUGAACUUUGUGACUAUUGAAGAGUCCAAACCAGAUGAUGCAGUUCAUGAACCUAUCAAUGGGACAAUAAGCCUGCCAGCCGAGCUGGAGGAGCAAAGUAUAGGAAGAUUUGACUGGGGCCCCGCACCUCCAACAACCUUCAAGCCUAACAGCCCUGACUUGGCCAAGCACUACAAAUCUGCCUCUCCACAGCCUGCUUUUCAUCUCAAACCAGACACUCCAGUUUCCGUGAAAAAGCACCAUGUGAUUCAGGAGCUCCCUUUGGACAACACCUUUGUCGGGGGUUGUGACACCCUUUCCAAACGCUCUUCCACUAGUUCAGAUCACUUCAGUGCCUCAGAAUGCAGCUCCCAAGGAGGCUUCAAGACAAAGGGUCCCUUACACACCAGACAGUGUAACUCACACAACAAAAGUGACAUUAUUCCUGUCACUCCUCAGAAAUGUCCCAGCUCUGCGGGUUUCCACAUUCAAGAGAAUGAAGAAAAUCAUUAUGAGUCGCAGCGCCGUGUUACGUUUCACCUCCCCGACGGCUCCCAGGAAAGCUGCAGUGACAGCGGGCUGGGAGACCACGAGCCGGUGGGUAGUGGAACCCUGAUCUCACACCCUCUUCCUCUGGUUCAGCCACAGGACGAGUUCUACGACCAGGCCUCUCCAGACAAGAGGACUGAAGCAGAUGGCAACUCUGACCCCAACUCCGGAAUCAAACUCCGGACCUUAUCCUUCCUGAAAGGCGAUAUGCCACUGAGCUAUAUCCCCAGCAGUACAGAGACAGGUAUGAAUUUUCAUCUCAACCUAAUCACUCAUUAUGAUAAAAGUAAAACAUCAGAAAUUAGUUUGUGAUCAUUUUUGCACUUUUCCCUUGGCAUCAGCACUUUAGAAAGCAGUAAAUGUCUGGUGGGAGUUUAUCAGCUGAGCCUACAGUGGUAUGCCCUAUUUUUCAACUUUUCAUGCAUCUGUCACUGUCUAGGUUUUAGCCAAGUUGCUGAGCAUCAGAGUCUUCUCUCAACAAAGUGCUAAAAUCCAUAACUCUGAAAACCCUCUUUUAACCAAUAACUAAUGCUCUUCAACUGAAGUGGAACUGAAAAACUUAACAAAAUAUGAAAGCAAUCCCCUAUCAGUGAACCUGGCAGCUUCUAUUUCAAUUUCUUUGGGGAUUCAAAGGUAAUAGAAAUAUAGAUAUGAACAGUACUCCCUCUGCAGUUUAUUUCAGAACUGCAAACUAGGGUCAAUGACAAGUUUCUGGAAUAGAUGUCAGAGAAUAUGAAGCUUCCUGGCAAUAUAAGUGUUUUAUGCUCUGUCUUGAUUUGUAUAUUAGUGACAAAUAUUUUUCAUGAAACUAUUUUUACUUUUAAUUGACUCUUUGUUAGUAGACUUGUUUGCUGACAAAUCAUUAACAAUGAUUCUGAUCUUUUUUUUAACAGGAGUAAACUUUUGUGAAAUUAAAUAAGAGCAGAUUAUUUUUAGUGAGUUUGUCAAUUUCUGGAAUAUAUGAUGUUUUACUGAUGCGACUAUGUCUUCACUAUAUGUAUGCAUACAACAGCAUACAUAAGGAUGCAUAUACACACAUGUGUAUGUAUAUAUGUAACAUACAUACAGUUUGAUGUUACUUCUUUUAAAGUAAAUAUACAUGUGAAAAUGAUUUUAAAAAUACAAUUGAAAUGAUGUGCAAUGGUGUGUGGUAACUUUUUAUUUUAAUUACCCAUGAAAGAUAUUUAUCAAUUCCAUCGUAAAGUACUGCUUUUACUUUUUUAUAGCUUGCUUUCUCCUAGGACCUAAUUCUACACAAGAAUAGAAAAUUGAAAAGGAGGGAGACUGUGGCAAAAGUAAUUGAUGUCCCUUUCGGUUUUCCCCUAGAGAAUGCUUCCGCAAUAGCUUAAAGUCUCCUGAUUUAAGUCUCACAGUUUAACUUGUCAAUAUGUAAUUAUGAUUCCAAAACAAAACGGGUUACUUUACAUUUGUGUUGUGGUGCUGUCUCGCUGAGUGAGGAAGAACUGGCUAGAAGAAUGCAAUGUCUCAUGAGCAGUUUCUUAUUUGAUGAUCUACUGGGGUUAGAAUUCUGACUGUGGCUACUAUCUUUAACAAUUUUAAGCAAGAUUCCUCCAGAGGUUCUAUAAUAGCUAUAAAGGUUUCAGUCCAUGAUCUUAAAUUUGACUGCUAUGAUAUUAAGCAUUGUAAAAGAAAUAUACACACAUAGUUCUCUGUGCAUAAAAUAUACACAUUAAUAUAUCAAACAAUCAAAUCUACGUCCUUCAUUUAUAAUUAACAUUUUUGGAUUUUAUAUUAAUUUGAACUUCUGGAGGAAUAACACCCUCAAAGCGAUAAAGCAUUUAUAUUUUAAUAGUUGAUUUGGAUUAACAAAAUGCUUUUUUACCUCAUUUUGAUUAAAAAGUAAAGGCUAACUGCUUUGGGUUGUAGAGAAAAUGUGUCUUUUACCUUUUAUCUUUGCUGUGAUAUUUUUUACCUUUUCUACCUUAUGGCUAAGGCUAAAGUAAAGUGUUUAGAUUAUGUAUUAUAACCUCACAACUCUAUCCAUGUGUUAGUGUUCAAAAACAUACAAGUAAGGUACUUACUAAGCAGCUACUACCUACAGCCUUGUAAACAGUGUGGAAGUUACAUGGUUUGUUCUCUCAUGGGGCUUGUCUAGUGAGCAAAGUAAUGUCACGUAUAAUUUACCAAUAAAAAUUUAAAUAAUUUCAAUAAAGAAAGCUACAGAGUAUUUUAAGACUGAAGAAAAAAAGAAUCUUUAUAUAACUGGGUGUUGGUGGUGAUGUUUGUGAGGAAAUCACAUCCAUACUGGAGGGAGAGGUGUUGAUGGAUGAAGAGGAUAAUGUACAGUAGCAGAAAGAGAUUAGAAGGCGUGGGGGGAAGUAAAGAGAAGACAUACUUGAAAAAGAAAUGAGGACAGUUGUCUUGGAGCCCACUGAAGAAGAGACUGAUAUAGAGCUCUUUUAGGGUCUUGUGGUUCUUACGGCUUUUUAAAGUUAACAAUUAUUGACAGAUUUUAACGAAACGUGAAUGGAGCUGGGUGUGGAGCAGGACUGAGGGAAGUUUUAAAUAGUGAAAGUGACAUUUCACUGUAGUAACUGGAUAGACUAUGGUGCCAUUUACUCAAGUAGGAACCAUUAAGGUUAUAAAAGACCCUUGUGAGAAAUAAAAGUGGCUCUGUCAGUGUCAGAAAUCAAGAGAGCACUCACAUCAAAAAUAUAAAUAUGAGAAAAAAAAAACUCAGCUGUGUUUAAGCUGCUCCUUAUUUUUCUCUCAAAAGAGUUUAGCCACAAAAUAAUCAUUUAAAGAUACAGUAAGGGCAGCUUUUACAAAGCACCCAAGAGCAGAAGCCACACUAGAAUUUGUGUAGUGGUAGAACAGAAACUGUAAGGGUUAGGUCUUUAUCAAAGAUAUGUGUGGAAAAGGAGAACUCUGAGGUAGUUACAUGCUGUUGACUGAAAGAAAUUAUUUCUGGAAAUAAAUAUGAUUUAAUCUGUUCGAAAGACCCAUAAGACAGUGAAAAGUUAUAAGACAGAGAGAUUAAUUUAGCAGCAGUAUAUUUACAAAUGCUAGAGGGUUUGGGGACAGAGAAGCCACAAGAAAGAUUAAUUAACAAGUAUUUCAUUUUAAAAGAAGGAUGUGUAAAUAUGUGUUGGUAUCUUGUAUGUCACCAAUUCAAGAUUAUUCUCAGAAGAUUUCAGCCUUCUCUGUAUAUUAAUAGGCUACACGUUUUGAGCAAGGCUGAGAGGCUGACACUGUAAAGAAAGUAAAGAAGAAAACUGAGAUUGUGGGAAAAGGAGGCAGAGCAGAUGAGGAAACGGAAACUCAUUGGAAACACUGACUGUAAGGAGGAUACACAAAUUUGACUGAAAGCCUGAUGUAAUUUUUGGUCCACACAGUUGACAUUCUACCUGAGACUGGUGACCAUAAAUAUAUAGCUAAGCCAUGAUAGUUACUGUGAUUUUGCCCCCUAUAAACAUAAAGGACAAAUUUAUUAAAAGGUAGUGUUUUCUUGGUUAAUUUUCCCUAUGCAUACAAGGGCAAAAAAGCUAUUGACUAGAGAGAAUUUUCAGAUGGGGUAUAGAAUUUUAAAACUAAAGUUAGUGAGAGAAACACCUGCACAUUUCACUGUUUUAUGAGCUCAGAAGAUUUAUUUAGUCAUUCAUUGUUGAAAUUUUCAUUUGUAACAGAAUAUAAAAUAGUUUUACUGGGAUAUCUCAAAAAAGAUUUUCAUACAACACGUUUAAUAAGAAUAAUUAUAUUAAGACAGCAAUCUUUAGCAGUUGUACUGUCAAGUAUAAUGAGAAUGGUAGCCUGGACUACAGCUGAUAUGUAGGAUGGAAAAGGCAAUUGUUUCUCAAGGCAAUAAGGUAAAAAAAAAAAAAAAAAAAAAAAAAAAAAAAAAAAAAAAAAAAAAAAUUAAACACUUAACAAAGAGCAUCACUGCCAUUGAGAUGCUAUUUUUAGCCUAAAUAAAGUCUGCUAAGUCUUUGACAAUGUUCUUAAAUUUUCUCAUACUAUCCAAUCUAUGACUGUUGCAAUUUUCUAUAUAAAGUUAUAUAGGCAAAUCACCCAGAAAAAUCUACAAAUACCAAGCAAAGGGUUAAUGGUUUUUAACGUACAAGUACUUGUUACUCAUAAAGAAGAUUCUAUUAUGAUACUGUUUCAUAUAAGUGAUAACAAUUCACAGUAGAUGCGCAGAGGUCCAGAAUUACAUCAGAAUUUCAGAUAUAAUGCGUAAAUGUGGUAUUUGUGUGGGGUAGCCUACCAUAUCACAGUGAAUAUUCUGUCAUAUAAAAGAAUUAAAUUUUUGUUAGGCUUGGUCUGAUAGAUUGUUACAGAUCAAAAAUUGUUGCUUAAAUCAGUGAUAACAUUUUGUUUCUAUUAUGUCUGAGAUUACUGCCAUGAAUAUUUUAAGGAUUAAUUCUAAUAUUGUAAAGUUGUAUUUUCAAUUAUUGAGUACUUUAUCAGUAUAGGUUUCAUAUAGUCUAGUCAAUCUUUCCUUUCUAAUUUGGGCUUAUAAAAUUCAAUCAGAGAAUAUUAUUAUUAUUAUUGCAGUAUAAUAAAAUAGCCCCUUUAUAUUUAGGAUAUUUAUUUGAUUUUGAAGAGUGAUUAUUUCAAUGUAUUCUCUAACAUACAAAUGAAAUAUUCUUAAUUUUAAUUUUUUCUUAUAAAGAUACCUGUCAUAGUUGAAUUUUGUUUUCAUUAUCUACAUUUCUCUAUUCAGAAUCCUGACUUUUCCUUUUCUAAAAUCCCAUUUGUCCUUAGUGUGCUCAUUAUAAAUCUCGUCUUCUAAUGUUUAAUUGAAUUGCCACACAAGAUAAGAGAUGUUUCAUAUACUGUUUUAAGAAUACAUAGAAUCCUUACUUUGCCCAUUUUACUCAGUAUUAGCAUUUUGUGUAAUACCAUAAUCAAGGUAUUGGCAUUGAUAUAAUCUAUAUGGUUUAUUUAUAACUCACUAGUUUUACUGAUUCUUGCCUGUAUGUGUGUGUUUUUGUGUGGUAUGCAUUCAGUUUUGUGUCAUUUUUUUCACUUGUGUCAUUUUUUCACAUACACCAGAAUAGUCUAAUCCUGAAGUUUCUGUACCACAUUAAACUCUUUUACUGUUUUUCAUUCCUUACAUAUCCAAAACCUGCUAAUUACUAAUUUGUUUUCAUUUCUUGAAUUUUAUCAUUCCAAAACGUUUUAUAAUAGAAGCAUACAGCAAUCUUUUUUAUUGGCUUUUUUCAUUCAUUAUGAUUCUCUGCAGAUUUUGCACAUCUGAAUAGUUAAUUAUUUUUUUAUGUCUGAGUGAUAUUCUUGGUAAUAUCAGUUUAUUGAAUCAUUAAUUCAUAGGACAUCUGCAGUCUUUCCAUAACAUACCUAUUAAGAUGAGAGCUGCUAAUAGUUUUCCUCAAAUGUAGUCAAGUUGGGGAGUUAGCCCUUCAAAAUAUGAAUUUGAUAAAAUGUAUAUACUCACUUGGUAACAAGCACAGGAACACAGCAAGUUAGUUUAUGAAGGAAUUUUUAAGGCUUAAGAUACAAACUAGAAAAAAGGAAGAGAUGGGAUGAUGGGUUGAAGAUUUUGAUAGAUUGUGAAACUAGUUUCCAGAGAGACUGUAUCAUGUUAUAUUUUCACUAUAAAUCAACAAUAAUCCCAUAUCUCCAUCUUCUUACCUGCAUUGAUGUUGACUAAAACUCAUAUGCCAUCAUCAACCCAUCAUCCCAUCUCUUGUCUAGUAAACUUACAGAUGCUCUUAAUGUUCUUCAUAGAGUAGCUUGCAUACUACAUCUUCACAUGGAAAGAGAAAAGGUCUUCCUUUUCUACAAGCACAGCCAGCAUUAGUUGACUAUGGCCCCACCAAUAUGAUCUCAUUAACACCGCCUAAUAGUCUUCCUCAAAUGUAGUCAAGUUGAAGAGUUAGCCCUUCAGAAUGCGAAUUUGAUAAAAUGCAUAUACUCACUUGGUAACAAGCACAGGAACACAGUAAGUUAGUUUAUGAAGCAAUUUUUAAGGCUUAAGAUACAAACUAGGAGAAAUAGACUAUAAGACAGAAAUUUAUUUGUCAAAUUAAAAUAUGGUUCCACAUUAUGCUAAUGUGGUUUUGCAUGUUUGUAGUUAGUAAGAAUGAAAAUUUCCAGCAGAAACCCUGUUAGCACAACUUUUCCAGUUUUCUAAGAUGACUAUUUGCCUGUCACAUACUUUUAAAGUAAAAGUAAAAUUGGUAAUGCCUGGUAAGUUUGGUUGCAAUUUAAAAAGGUACUUGCUACAGUGAUGAAGAAAACUUUGUGUUGAAUUGUUGACAUUGGUGAUAAACUGAGUUUCACUAAAGCCUGCUCUAAACAUGUUUUCCUAACUCAUCAUGCAAAAAAAAAAAAUAAAUAAAUAAAUAAGGGCUUAAGAGGUCUUUGUAAGGGAUCAUGCAUUUGCAUUGGAGCACCAUUUGUUGAGGUCAAGACUAUUGAUUUAUUAGCAGAAGGAUGGAUUUUUUCAGUGUUAUAAAAAUAAAACACAUUGAAAUAAUAAUUGAAGGUCACUCAAAGAUUGACAUUCUGGUGUAAUGGAUGAAGGAAGAAAAAAGUAGACAAGUGUCAAGGGAAAA